AUGAAUAGACGCUCUCAGAUAACGCACAUAACUCCUCUACCUUCAUACGUCUCGCGCGAUGCAGUCCUCGAACUUUUGCACGAUCACUCGGUGAUGAUUACUCUGAAUCCUCUAGUCACACACCACGGCCGUACCACACCCCCCCCGCACGCCCUACCAGACGAACACUUCUCGGCAUGGUACGAAAUAACUGAUAAAAUCGAAUACAUCCCGGGAACAGGAUUCACGGGUAGCGUAACCUACACGGCAUGCAUGCACGAUCUUCCCACGGGUCUACAAACACACAUCCACGCCCCCGCGGGGCUCGAAAUACGCGGGAAAUGGCAGUUGCUGGGUUGGUUACCGGGUGAGCAACGCCUUGCUCCGGAAAUCGGCAUUGAACAGUACGAUAUCCCGAAGGAAGGACUAUAUUUGAGGGAGGAUUGUGAUUUGAGGUGUAAUUUCUUUUUGACACAUUUCGUCAAAAAGAAUUUGUACAAGUCUCAUGAGUUGUUCGUGAAGAGGUUGUUGGAAAUGGCGCGGGAGCGGACGCAAGCCCCUACUGUACCGAGGGUUCGAUUGGAUAAUGGAAUUGAAGAUGUGGAUGUACAUGUUUUAUCGGAUAGUCCGCCGCGGCCGCGUCAACGCGCUGCACUCGAGUGGCAGGCAAACGGGUACUCUGUAUCUGUCUCUGGCGGCGCCCAACAGAGUAUAUUAUCAUCCUCUCAACGAGACCAACAGACGUCUUCAUUUUCACGGAGAAGAGGCCGCUCACAAUCACCGGGAUAUGCUUUCGUGAAACCAUCUCUGGGCUCAUCUAAACGAUAUCCAUCAGAGGGACCCAGAAGACGAGAUCGUAGCGAUUCACAUAAUUCACAUUUAUCGGAUGAUGACUCUCCUACGGGAUCAAUGUCGUUGGUUCGAUCGUUUUCAAGGAGAUGGAGGGAAAGGGAUAUAUUGGAUGUCUAG